AAUCGUGCCUAAUACUAUUCAGCACCAAUUUGUCUAUAUAAAAGAUUAAAAGGAAAGAAGCGGCCUAUCUACCCCUCAGAGAGAGAGAGAGAGAGACAGAGAGAGAGAGAGAUGGGUUCCAUAAGGAUAUCAGAAAAGCCACACGCAGUGUGCAUCCCAUACCCAGCACAAGGCCACAUUAACCCAAUGCUAAAUGUGGCAAAGCUCCUGCACCACAAAGGCUUCCACAUAACCUUUGUAAACACAGAGUACAACCACAGGCGUUUGCUCAAAACCAGAGGCCCCCACUCCCUCGACGGCUUGCCGGACUUCCGCUACGAAACCAUCCCCGACGGCCUCCCGCCCACCGACACCGACGUCACCCAAGACAUCCCUGCUCUCUGCCAAUCCACCACCAAAACCUGCUUACCGCACUUCCGCGAGUUACUCAACAAACUGAACGAUACGGUCUUGUCCACCGGUCCGCCGGUGACGUGUAUCGUUUCGGAUGGUUGUAUGAGUUUUACUGUGGAAGCUGCCGAGGAAUUUGGGGUCCCUGAUGUGCUUUUCUGGACGACCAGUGCUUGUGGAUUCUUGGGUUACACAAAGUAUAAAGAUCUCGUGGAAAAAGGCCUUGUUCCUUUAAAAGAUGCCAGCUACCUUACAAAUGGAUUUUUGGAAACAACAAUCGAUUGGAUUCCGGGGCUGGAAAACGUACGAUUCAAAAAUCUCCCAAGUUUCGUCAGAACCACAGAUCCAAACGACCUAAUGGUAAACUUUGUGAUAGCAGAGACUGAGAGAGCGCUCAAAGCCUCUGCUAUCAUCAUCAAUACAUUUGAGGCUUUCGAAAAACCUGUCCUCGAUUCCCUCUCCUCCUUCCUCCCUCCUAUCUACACUCUUGGUCCGCUUCAUCUGAUGGUGAACCAAAUCUCCAACGAGAGAUUGAAAUCUAUGCACUCGAACUUAUGGAAAGAAGAAUCCGAAUGCAUCGAUUGGCUCGAUACCAAAAAGCCCAAUUCUGUUUUGUACGUGAACUUCGGAAGCAUUACUGUUAUGACGCCCAAACAACUCGAGGUAUUUGCGUGGGGAUUAGCAAACAGCGGGUAUGAUUUUCUUUGGAUUGUAAGGCCGGAUUUGGUCGUUGGAGAGUCGGCCAUGCUGCCGCCGGAGUUUGUAACAGAGACGGAAGGGAGGGGGAUGCUGGCGAGCUGGUGCUCCCAGGAGCAAAUUCUGAAACAUGCGGCCAUCGUGGGGUUUCUGACUCACAGCGGGUGGAACUCAACGGUGGAGAGCGUGUGUGCCGGUGUUCCGAUGAUUUGUUGGCCGUUUUUUGCCGAGCAACAAACGAAUUGUUGGUUUAGCUGUGGUGAGUGGGGGAUUGGGAUGGAGAUCGAUAGCGAUGUGAGGAGAGAGGAAGUGGAGAGGCAAGUGAGAGAGUUGAUGGAGGGGGGGAAGGGCCAGGAGAUGAAAAGGAAGGCUGUGGAGUGGAAGGAGAAAGCAAAGGAGGCGGCUGGGCCUGGUGGGUCAUCGUACGUCAACUUGGACAAGUUGGUCACUGAGGUGCUCCUAUCAAAGUAAAGCGUAAGAGUGGUGGUUACGAGGUUCGCUUAUUCACGAACGCUCAGUGAAACCCUUAUUUACGGAGCCACGAGAUCUCGGCCUCUAUUUUGGUUUUAGACGGUCCGAAUUUAAAUGAAAUUUUUUCAGAAAAGAGUUUAACUUUUUUCCGAAAAAAUUUCAUUAACAUCUGAACCGUUUAAAACACUCUUGGACGGUCGCAAGUCACCUCCUCCGUUAUUUUCUUGAUGGUUACUAGUGGUGCAUGUAAAAAUGAAGUCAGUUACAUUCACGGAACUUGCACUACUACGUUACCUUUGUUACAUUUCCCAAAAAGCUAUAGUACAAUAGUCGUAACCUUUAUUGUAGAGUGGUAGUUUACAAUUUAUUGUAGUUUGAUAAUGUGAAAGUUUGGGUUCUUGUUCUUAUAAAGGCCACACAAAAAAAAAAAAUUCAUGUGAAAGUACAUAGUUGUAUCAUGAAAGAAGGAUUUGAAUCAAUGAAAGUGUGUUUAUCAUGAAA